UAUAACCUAAGCACCCUCCAAGGACCUGGCUGAGGACGUUGGCAACUGGCUCCAUGCCGCCAGUGACACGUCCAAGGUUGUGCUGGUCUGAGUAUAACUCUUCCUCCGCCAGGUCCAUGUUCUCCUGCAGGGCUGUCUUCAAACAACCAUGAAGAGCAACCAGGUUUGAAGUCACGAGGGAAGUCACUCACUGUAACCGUGUCCCAGUGAGUGACAAAGGAUCAUCAAUGUGACAUCCACCAGGAAAGCUUUCAGAAAGGACUAGUGGACCAACGUCGGUUGGCGACUUCUACCAAAUAAGAUUUUUAUCAUCCUAGACGUGACAGAAGGAAACGAAUAUGAGAGUGGAUGAGAAGCAGCUAUAAUCAAACUGCAAUCGAAUCAUAACCUGACCACGAAACGAGCAAUAAAUUAUCAUUUUAGGGAACAAGGGAGGACGUAGAGACGGUCAAGUCCUACAAGGUGAUGACCAACGGGGAAGCCAACUCCCAGCCACAAGCUCCUUGUACUUCUACCAAUGGUCACUCGGCUUCGUUCUGGAACGGCCAAGACAGGAUCCACGAGCCUACAGAAACCUACGACGCCAAUCAGAAUAAUGCCAGGUCGUGCCCACUGGUUGAGCAACACCAGGGAAAGGCGGUUCUCAGAACGCUUAUUCAACUCCCCGUCGAUGCGGUCUUCAACUUGCUCUUCCUCCACAACGAGUUUAUGGCCGAGGUCCUCGCCGCCAGGAAUGUGUCUGACAUCGUGGUGACGCCGUGGGAGGCGGCGGAUGCUGGCAAGAGAGUCCGGGAGAUGAGCUACACCAUGUUCCUCUCCAUCUCUAACUUGGCCUCCAAGGCCGCCAGUGUCACUGAAAAACAGGUUGUGCAGGAGAGCCUGGCAGGAGAAACGUACGUGGUGGAGACAGAGGCGACCAACACAGGCAUUCCCUAUGCCGAUGCCUUCACUGUGUGUAACCACUACUGCCUCUCACGGAGCUCCGCCGACUCCACCAUUCUUACCGUCUGGUCCCUCGUCAAGUACAAGAAGAACGUCUGGAACUUUGUCAAGGGAAUGCUGGAGAAAAACGCGUACAACGGGAUAGAUGCGCUGAUGCUGGAGCUGCAGGCCAGACUGACUGUAGAGGCUGAGAAGGUGGCCAACACGACAGGUAUACCCCGUAAACGACUCCAAGCACACCGUGACAGACGCCGACCCCAUACCCACAAGCAAAACGCUAAAAAGGGAGCAGAAUCGCCUCCACCGUUAAAUCCGUUUGCUGCGUGGUUGGGGUUUGCGAUGGUGGUAGCGUUGGUCGUGCUGGUGAUGGGCAACGCUGUUCUUUAUACCAGACUCUCUCACCUGGAGCACCUGGCCCGCCUCCAGCAUCUUAACCAAGGCCAACCCUCACAAAGGUCCCCAGGGGCGACGGAGGCGUGGGCUGAGGACAUCCUGCGGCGUCAAGAGCAGAUCCAGUACCAUCAAGAACACAUCUGGAAGACACAGAUAGAACACGUUUCUCUCAAGCUGCAGGAGGUGCAAGAAUCUCUUGAAUUGCUGCUGUCGAUGGUCCCAGAACAUCAGCAGAGCCUUAGAGACAUCCUUCGUGACUCGUGCUUACAGCCAGAAGUCUACCUUCAGGAAAAGAGCAGCCAAGUUGAACGGGUGGAGAUAGAGAGCAGCCUGAAGUCGUAAAUCAAACGCAUUGAUAGAUCAUAGGCCGAGGUCAACUACCGGCGGGCGGGCCUAGUCUUGAGCUGUAAUGAUAUAAAUUAAUCUCAAACUAUAUCAUGUGAAUUAUUUAUUUAUGUAACGUUUAUCCUUGGUUUUCUGUACUUAUAUUUAGUGUAAUUAUACGAGGUUAUUGUCCUUAUAUCUGGUCAAC